AAGUUGCUUGCGAUGAAUCCUUCGCAUCGCACAUUGUAUACUCUUACAAUUUAACUAAUUAUUUUCUGUAAUAACAAUACGGUAGCUAACGGCAUCCACAUCAAACUAUGAACAACGAGAUUUUGUCAUACGUGAAUUAAUCGACACGGAAAGCAAUUACUUUGAAGUAUUGCAAGCAUUAAAGAAACAAUUUAUGGAACCAAUGGAAAAGCUGCUGAGCCGCGAUGAAUUGAAGACGAUAUAUCCGAAAAUAAAGGAAUUGGCUGAUAUUCAUGCGAAAUUCCUCGAACGACUGAAAGAUGCAAUUUCAUUGAAUUCAAAAAAUAAAUUAAGCCAAGUGUUUUUGGAUUUUCGAGAACCGUUUCUUAUCUAUGGAGAGUAUUGUGCCAGCAUGACAGCUGCUAUUGAUACAUUGUCUGCAGUGUGCAAAAGUAAUCCAGCCGUUGAACAAUGUAUGGAGCAAAGCCAAAAACUGCAUAGCGGUGGAAAAAAUCAAUUGCGUGACAUUUUAUCGGUGCCAAUGCAACGUAUUCUCAAAUAUCAUCUUUUGCUUGGCAAAUUAGUUGAAGAAACAUCACCGACACAUGAAGAUUAUCGUGGGCUGGAGCGAGCAAAAGAGGCAAUGGUUGAUGUUGCUCAAUAUAUAAACGAAGUGAAGAGAGACUCGGAGCAUUUGGAUAUUAUACAAAAAAUACGAGAACGAAUAUUCGACUUAAAUUUACCCAAUGGAAAUGAUUUACGUCAAUAUGGACGUUUUUUGUUGGAUGGAGAACUCAGCAUUAAAUCACACGAAGACCAAAAAACCAAGCAUCGUUAUGCGUUCAUUUUCGAGAAAAUUAUGCUAUUGGUGAAAGCGUCAAAGCUGGGCGAGAAUGGACUGUAUUCGUUUCUUGAUGCGUACAAUUUAUAUGAUUAUCGUGUGGAAACAUCCUUGAAGCAUCGUUCAAAAGCAACUCUAAGUCGUGACGCACGUUUUACAUUGCUAUUAGCUCGCAAAUCACAAACAACCGCAUUCACAUUGUAUAUGAAAACCGAAGCCGAACGAGAUAAAUGGAUGAAUGCCCUUCAAAAUGCCAUGGACAAUCUUGAGCCGAUCGGUUGUCGAAAUACCGACCAUACAUUUCAAUUGACGACAUUUGAAACGCCUACGAUGUGCCGUCACUGUUCGAAAUUUUUGAAAGGAUUAAUUCAUCAGGGGUAUAAAUGUAUGAAGUGUGAGGUGUCCGUACAUAAGGGAUGUAUAUCAUCGACCGGCCGAUGUAAACAGGAAGCCAUUGGAGCAUUAGCACCACCUGUUUGUGAUCGUCAAUUAUCUGAAUUUUAUUGGUUUGUUGGGCCGAUGUCACGGGACACAGCAUCAGUUAAAUUGGAAAAUCGUAAAGUUGGAACAUAUUUAUUGCGUGUUCGACCACAAGGUGCUUCGAGUACAAAUGAAACCAUGUAUGCGCUCAGUUUGAAAACCGAUGAACAUACAAUCAAGCACAUGAAAAUCAACCAAAAAGUUGAACAAAAUAAUACGCUUUACUAUUUAUCGGCACGACGUUUAUUCAAAAGUAUCGUUGAACUGGUUUCAUUUUAUGAACGCAAUGAUUUGGGUGAAAAUUUUGCCGGAUUAAAUCAAUCUUUAUCGUGGCCAUUCCGUGAGGUAGUCGCAACAGCAUUGUAUGAUUUUAAUCCGAGAGAACCCAAUCAAUUGCAAUUGCGACAAGGCUGUCAGGUGCUUGUCAUUGGUAAAGAGGGUGACAGCAAAGGCUGGUGGCGAGGCAAAACAAUGGAACGGGUUGGAUUUUUCCCAAAAGAAUACGUUCGUGAAUACCCAGCACAAUCGUCGGAUGAACUAUGAUGUUACAAUUAUAUGGUAAUUUUUCCAAGGGAAAAAGUGCCAACAAGCGAUACGAACAACAACGUCAACAAAGCUUAUCCAGACUCAACGUCAGCAAGAAGUGGUUCGGUUUCAUCGAACUCUUCGAAUUGAUAAAUCUCAUCAAUUACAUGUGACACUGAAAGCACCGAUAAAUCAUAAGGGAAAACAACAUUUAUUCAUGUUUUAUUCACAUUUUAAAGCAUAAACAAAAGUGAUUAUCUAUUUCUAUAGAAAACAAAAAAAUGGCUCUAAUUAAAUUUUAGUUUUAGCCCGAAAUUGGUUUGCUAUUGCCAUGCAUAUCGCAUAUAUGACAUUCCGAACAUAGUCGUCGAGUUGAAAUAUUUUUCAGAUCAUUUUUUAUUCAGAUGCACGGUCCGUUAACCAAAGAUAUAUGUCUAAGUUUGUAUUUAGUUGAGAAAAAACGGCGGCCAUUAAAUAUUUAGUUAUUUAUCUAAGCAAAUCAAAAAUCGAAAGUACAAUCACCACAUUUGUAUAUCACAUGAACUAUAAUUAUUUUACUUUUAAAAAAAUCCUAUAAAAUCGAUGCCCUUGUUUACACAUUUGUUUUCUC